UUUUGGUUCCUAUAUGUCAUAGGAAAAGAACAAUGAAGACGAUUGUUACAAACCAGACGGUGAAAAUCCCUGAAGGGAUUACCGUUCAUGCAAAAAGCCGUAUCAUAACUGUGAAGGGACCUAGAGGAGUCUUGAAACGGUCAUUCAAACAUUUAGCUUUGGAUAUUCGAAUGAUCAGUCCCCGUGUUUUGAAAGUGGAGAAAUGGUUUGGCAGAAAGAAGGAAAUCGCCGCUGUAAGAACUGUAUGCUCUCACGUAGAAAAUAUGUUAAAGGGAGUAACAAAAGGUUAUCAGUACAAAAUGAGGGCUGUAUAUGCUCAUUUUCCCAUUAACUGUGUCACCACAGAAAACAAUUCAGUAAUAGAAAUCAGGAAUUUCUUAGGAGAAAAAUAUAUUAGAAGGGUAAGAAUGUCCCCAGGAGUAACAGUAAAGAACUCCACUGCCCAAAAAGACGAGUUGAUCAUUGAAGGAAACUCUUUGGAAGAUGUUUCUAAAUCAGCCGCUUUAAUCCAACAAUCGACUACAGUUAAAGACAAGGAUAUUCGUAAAUUUUUGGACGGCCUCUACGUUUCAGAAAAAACAACUGUAGUUCAAGAUGAAGCAUAAGGUUUAAUAAAUUUGUAUAUUUAAAACAAAACAUCUUUAAUUUGUAACCUUUAAUUUUAUAAAUACCUACACACUUUGAAACUCAAAUAAAUUUGGUUUAUUAAA